GGGAAAAGGCUGCUCCAAUUUAGUCUGGAAUUGCUCUACUUUAGACUUUUUCUGGUUAUCAAUCUGUACAAAGAAUCACCAAACUGAAACAGCGUGGACCAAACUGAUAAAUCAGGCUGCCGAGACAACUGUGUAAUUCGAUCGAAAAAGAAACGGACAACCUCUCAAGCACAUCGGGUAAUUGACAAAGGAUUUUAACGACACAGUGAGAGAUGCACAGUAUCAAUAUAUCCCUGGAAGGGUCCACUACAACUAGCAAAAGUGGUUGCUGCCAUUGAGGAAACCGAGUACCUGUGGGAUAAGAGAAUAAUGUAUAUAAAAAUAUGCAAGAAUCACAGGAAACUCACAUAUCCAACCACCUGGAUGAAAUUGUUGCUGCCGUCAGCAUAACACCUAGAAAAAAGCUCCAAAACAAGCUGCUUCAGACAGCACUGUUUCAGCCUCCUCGAGAGAAACUCCACCUCUGUGAAGAGAAAGCAAAGUCCUAUUCUAGCAGUCAUGAGUAUAAACAGGCUCUCCAGGAGCUUGUGCGCUGUGUGGCGCUGACGAGGAUCUGCUAUGGUGACUCACACUGGAAACUGGCGGAGGCGCAUGUUAACCUGGCUCAGGGCUACCUCCAGCUGAAAGGACUGUCACUGCAAGCAAAACAACAUGCGGAAAAAGCCAAAGAAAUCCUCACCAACGCCAUUGUGCGUCCCUACAAUGACAAUACAGAUGUUUUCAAGUGUUCGGUUGAGUUAUUCCAUACCAUGGGGAGAGCCUUACUCUCCCUUCAAAAGUUUAAGGAAGCUUCAGAGAAUUUGACAAAAGCAGAGAGACUUUCAAAGGAGCUGCUGCAAUGUGGAAGGAUUAUAAAGGAAGAAUGGAUAGAAAUUCAAACGCAGAUCAAAUUGUCAUUUGCACAGGUAUAUCAAGGUCAGAAGAAAUCAAAAGAAGCUCUUCCCCACUACCAAGAGGCUUUAGAAUGUAUUGAGAUCAGUAAAGGUGAAAAAAGUCUUGAGUGCGUACCAACAUUGAGGGAAUUGGCAGGUGUAGAACAAGCCCUGGGAUUUCACGACGCAUCCAUCAACCACCUUUUACAGGCGCAUCUCAUCGUCCUGAGCAGAAACCCCUCUCAAGAGGAGGCAGCCGUGUCCGCACACUCCGUCGCCUGUGCUGCUGUCGCUUCUGGGAGGCCUGAGCACCACGGUGAGAGCGAGAGCGAGCCUUCCGUGGGGUACAGCGAGGCCUGCUCCCUGCCUGUCCCAUAUGUGGCUGAGCAGUAUUUUCAGGAUAGCAUGGCUAAUCUUAAGGAUGCUGAAGGGAUAGGAAAAGCCAAAUUUCUUUCAAUUCAAGAUGAUUAUUGCCAUUUUCUACAAGUCACUGGACAAAAAGAGAGAGCUACCUCCAUCCUGAGAGAGUCCCUGGAGGCCAAAGUGGCAGUGUUUGGCGAUCUCAGUCCCGAGGUGGCAGAGACAUACCGGCUCCUGGGCGGGGCUGACCUGGCACAGGGGAACCAGAGCGGGGCCCACAAGAAACUGAAGAAGUGUCUUCAGAUCCAGACCCUCUUAUAUGGACCACAGGACAAGAGGACUCUGGCCACCCAGCAGACCAUGGAUGUCCUGUCCAAGGCCCCCGAGAAGGCCGUGAAGCCUCGGCAGCCCCCAAGAGCCAAGGCGGCCUUCUGCACCUGCGGGCCGCAGCACACCGCGCUGGGGAAGGCCAGGCCCAACGCAGCCGACUGAGCCCACCCCCACCAAAAGCUCUGCUCAUGCCUGGGUGCUGACACUUAGGGUGCUCUAUAAAUCUCUCUCCAUCCAGGAGGUGGACUUCAACAGUCAUUGGACAGAUUUUCUAGGCUGUUUGCUCCAAACGCAACAGCGAUCCCAUAAACCUCCCAUGGGCCACCUUUUGACAGUGGAUGCCCUUCCCGGUGAUCUGGUGCCGCUAUAAAGCAUUUUUCUUUUUACCACCUUAGUGGUUUUUCUUGCCAGCAAGAAUUUUUACCCAUCAACACUACUGUGGCUGAAAGGCUUCUCUUCAAAAGUUCGAAACUUCCUGUGUAGGAAAGUAGACUCAACAUCUGAUCAUGUAUAUAUAUAUAUAUAUAUAUAUAUAUAUAUAUAUAUAUAUAUAUACACACACACACACACACACAUACAUACAUGGUGUAUAGCCCCUUGUGCAGGCCUGGAGUCAGAUCUGGAGCAGUAAAAUUCUGGGGAAAGCCCUUUCUUAUAGGAAGGUAAUAGGGAUUGACAAUAAAAUGCUAAUAAAAGGAAAUUUGUAAGUCCUGGGGUCAGUAUGUGUUUGUAAAAUGAAGCCGCCUCAGAGCUCCUUGGAGCCUGGAAAGGGGCACCGAGGAAGCUUCUCCUCACUCGUGCACUCAGACGCUUAUUGAAUCUGGUUGAGCACCCAGGAUGUACCAGGCGUGUGCUAAGAACUGAGGGCACGACGACAAACAGUACACAAUCCCCAUCCUCUCAGAGCUUGCCAUCCAAUGUGGACGCUAGUCAUUAAACAUAUAAUAGUGGAGUUGGUUGAUGACAACUGAGAGAAAGAGCCCGGUACCACAGGGUGGGUGGUAAAUGGCCCUGACUUUUCCUAGAGGUCAGGGGAGGCAGGUGUAAGGGAGUGAAGAGAGCUGAGCAGGAGUGAGGCGGGCACGGAGGAGCUGCAGGGAGGGAUGCUGACUCCCUGCUGCUGCCAACUGUGGCCGCCACUCCGGAGAGCUUUUUUUUUGGAGUUGGCACAGCCCUUGGCCCCCUACUCUCCCAGUUGUGUUCCAGGUUCAGCAUGUAGGCAGUAAGAGGGUGAGGUGGGAUGAGUGCUCAUGUCCACAGUGGUCUUUAGUCUCUUGGAGGGGGGCGCCAUCCUCAUUCAAGAAUGGAAAGAUAGAGGGGCAUGUUUUGAGCACCUCUCUCCAUGCUGUCAGUGGUGAGGUCCAGUGCCGGAACGAGGUGAAUGAGCGCACAGAGGGUGGGAAUGCGGUGUAGGCAAUGCUGUUCCUUCUCGUCCCCAUCCUAAUCCCAUGGGCUAGGGCCCAGCAGGGCUGCAGGCUGCUGCUAAUAUGGCAGCAGGAUGCAGCACGGCCCCCUCCCGCUCCAACACCCAGUAGGAAAGCCAAAACCACUCUGGGUCCAUUUGUGCUGGCCACCUUGAGAACUGAUGGGGGAAAUAAACCAAAGUUUCGUGGCAGGGUGGAGGGAGGCUGGGUCCCUUGUCCUCGACAGCGUGACAGCUAACUAUACAGGCCACCCCUGCUCGUACUCACCCAUCCCAGAUAGGCCUGUGGGAUGAAGGCACCAUUCAAAGAAGGCGUGAGAUGUCACUACUCACCAAGUGUUCUAUCUAGGUGAAGACAUGGGUUUUGAUGUGGAUGGUGGAAAAGCAUUUUAAGUAUACAUCACACAGAGUCUGCCUCAAAAAUGUUUGUGCACCUCAGAAAUUCCUAUGCUGAAGCCCUAAAGCCCAAUGUGAAAGUAUUUAAGCUGGGGCCUCUGGGAAGUAAUUAGUACAUGAAGGUGAAGCCCCAAAAAUGGGAUUAGUGCCCUUGUAAGAAAAGACGCUAGAGAAAUGAUCUUUCUACCAUGUGAGGGCACAGCAUGAAGGCAGCCGUCUGCAAACCAGAAGAGGACCCCCACCAAGAAUGAAUCCACCAGCACCUUGGUCUUGGAUUUUGAGCCACCAGACCUGUGAGAAAUAAGUGUCCAUUGUUUAAGCCUCCGGCCUGUGGUAUUCUGUUAGAGCAGCCUGAGCAGACUAAGAGCCCAUGCUAGGUUUUUGAAAAAACAAAAUGUAAGUUAUGAUGUUAUUUCUUCCUCUAUUUCUUGUAGGAUAAUAUUUUGGAAUCACAGAAACUAAAACACUUUUUAAAAAAUUUAGCCACCACCCUGAGAAAGAAUGAAUUUAGGAAUGUUCCAUCAAAUGUCUCCCAUCUAUUAAAUGUUUUAACUUCAAAAUGAAAGGAAGAGUCUAGCUAUUCAUGUUUUGGUUUAUUUUGUUUUUGUACAAGGCUACAAACAGGUAAGGGUAUCUACUCCUUUGUCUCAAACUAGUUAACUAGCACUUUUUUCAUGCUCCUAAGAGAUGGCCAUGAUUAGCCAUUCCGGUUUGCACUUAAGGUUAGUAAUGAACCAUCAUGGUGUGCUCAGGACUGUUCUCAUUUUAGCACUGAAAGUCCCAUGUCCCAGGAGAUCCCUCCAUUCAAGGCCAAACGGGAUGGCUGGUCACACUACUGUCACUAGCUUUCCAGGCUGUCAUGAUGACAUUCUUACCACAAAUUGUCCAGUCUGUAUUUGAAUACGAGCCAGUGGUUUAUGCUCUGUCUGCCAUGCUUUCUAGUUCUGUGCUAACAAUAUCGAGUUCUGAUUCAGGUGAGGAAUUAAAGAACUGGGACUUUUCACAUAUAUUCUCCCCAGUGAUUCUGUGCCACCAUAAAAAAAACAUGCACAUAAACACAUAUAUGCUUUAAUUAGAAUUUAAAUAAAAACCACAAAAACACCUACUGGAAAACAUUCAUUCUCUUUAGGAACAAUGUGGGAUUUUUUCUUAGAUUUUUAUUUUUAUACAUUCUUAUGACAUAUCCCUUCACAGGUGGUUAGCAAGAUCAGCUUUUUGGAUGAUUCCAUUCUAAAUAUACAUUUUAAGCAAACAAUAUCAAAACAGCCAGUGGGAAGGUGAAAAACAUUCCAUUAAUACUGUUUUGUCUACACAACAAUAAAUGUGAAAAGACUGGUUGUGUCCUUACCCUGUCCCACCACACAGUUGACUACUAUUGUCUCCAGAGUGACUGGUUUUAAAGGACAUGGAGCUGUGGCAUGACCUGUCACAGGGUCAAGGGCACACCCUGCUCCUGGGUGUUCCAGAGACUUAGUAACCAACAACAGCUCAUGACUCCAUAUUGGUAAAUACUCUUGUCAGGAUACUUCUUAAAGAUAUGCAUUCCAACAUGGAGAUAAAAAUUAAGAUCUAAGACAUUUAUUUUCCAAUGGAGGUCGGUCAUGACUUUAAUAAACCUAUUCACAUUAGCCCUCAUUUCCAAGGUCACAAGCUAGGAGAGUGACAUUAAACUAAGCCUACUUAGACACACAUAAUAGACUCCCGCCAUCAUCAGUCUGUCUUGCCAUCAAACAGUAGGCUGUCACCUUGACCAAAUUCUCACCAAUAAAUAACUUAUACAAAUCAUUACCAAUUACAACUAACAUAAAAUCAACUCAUCUUUAUAUUAGAAACAAGAAGUCUUCAUUGGCAAAGCUGUCACCACCAUACCAGUUUCUGACAAUCACUAGUGCAUUUGGCAGAUAACAAAGGUUUACACUUGCAAUUCAAAUCAACUUUCUUUCUAUACACUGCUUCACGGUGUUUUAAAAAUAGAUCACCCUGAAAGCUGUGCUGCAUUGAUCCUCCACUUCUUGAUUAGGAAAACGCACUCUCCCUAAACUACUUGUUGUAGCCAUUCCUGGCAGCUGAGGCGAUAUGCGUUGUGGAGGUCUGAGGGCCAUCAGUGAAACCCAGAGGGAAGACCCUCAAAUUCCAUAACCGCCCUCCAUCAUCAUGUCCUACCUGAGGAUGACAAAGUUAGGGGCGGUACAGUUUCGACAACAUUAAGUGAAAGAAGCUAGUUUGGAUUAAAAUACUGUGCUCCUAGAGAUACUAUUUUUAUGUGAUGCUACACCUUUAAAGAAGGAAGCUUUAAAAACAAUACCUUUAUGUAAAAUAAAACAAAUCCAGCAGAACACACCCAUUCUAGUAUCUUAAACUCAGUGGUGUAUAUCUACAGGGCCACACUCUGUGGCCCAGAAGAGUAGGGCCUCUGCCUUCCUCCAGGGCCCUUCCUGGGUGCUUCAGGGCUGGGCGGCAGGAGAGGCACCCAGUUCCCUCCCCAAAACAUCUUAUUCUAUUUAGUGUAUUAUUUGUUUCCCUGGACAAAACACCGCCACUGUCAUGAUUUCUGUCGAAAGUGCAAAAACCUCCAUGAGGUUGGUUGCCGUUUUUCCACCUCUAACUCUUUGAGCUCAGAAAGGCCUCCACCCCAUCAUCAGUGGGUUGGAAAGGGCUUCUCUGGGAGGCACAGCCCACCUGGGCUUUCAACUUUACUGUGCACGACCAUCCCACGAGUCCAGCUACAGUCUGAGCAUCAACGUUCUUUUUAUUGUCUUCAGGGUCUACCUCCCACCAGUAAAAUUAAAUGUUUAGAAGCUAAAGUGCAGAAAAGCUCAAGUAUACCCUGGUAAGAGCUGGCUACUCCAGAACUUAGGUUAUAACAAAAAAGAGUAUUUAGACUGUGCACUAAACAACCUAGUACUGCAAAAAAUUGGUACUGUAAGCCAUUCCCAAUAAUCAUCCCCCCAGCCCCUGUCCCUUCCAGGACCCAGUGCAGGGUUCCAGGAACUCAUGCAAACAUAGCUAGUGUGCUGAUCUGAUAUACUGCAGGAGGCUGGAGCUGUCCUCUCCAUAAAUAAAAUACUAUAUUAUUUAAAUUUCUGCACAUAGAAAGCAAUUCAUUCAAGUCUUUAAAUGAAUUUAACUCUAUGACAAAUAACUUUUUC